AUGUCUGGAAGUGGAAGUAGCAAAAAAUUAAAAAGUUCAGCCAGUUCUUCUACUGCUUUAAACUCUAAUGAUCAUGAGGAGGAAACAGAUUCACCAUUUUCACCACUUUCUAAGGGUAGCCAAAGACGUCAAAGUCAAGCAUCUUUACUAGAAAUGAAGAAAAAAGACAAGGAGCUUGUUCAUAAAAUGCUUGCUAAGUGUUUUGUGGUGAACAAUAUCGCUUUUAAUGUUGUUCAAACUGGUGCUUUUGGAGAAUUUGUUAAGGCAAUGGCUGAAUAUGGUGCCGCAUACAAGCUUCCAUCUUAUUCAACUCUUCGAACUAAGUUAAUUCCAAAAUCUAGAAAAGGUGUUGAUGAGUAUGUUGCUAUGGUGAAGCGUUCUUGGGAUACAUCUGGAUCUGGUUGCAAUAUAAUGUUUGAUAUAUGGACUGAUAUAAGGCACCGAUCUUUCAUUAAUCUUGUGGCAUAUUUACCUAGCGGUGCAGUGUUUAUAAAAUCAUUGGAUGUUUCUCGAGAAAGAAAAACUGGGAUUUAUCUAAAAGAAAUUGUUGUUUUUGUGAUUGAAUCAAUUGGACAAGAACAUCUUCUUUUGAAAGACAUAUAUGAAGAAGUUAAUUGGGUAAAAGUUGCCACAGAUGAAGCAAGAAUAAUAGUUAUGUUCAUGACAAAGUACACAAAUGAACUUCGACUCUUUGUUGCUUCAUCUGAAUGGAGGGGUUUUGAUUAUUAUAAGACCGAAUCAGGUAAAAGGGUCACUGAAAUUGUUCAGAGUGAUUUUUGGGCUAGAGGAAGGGAGGUUAUAAAAACUAUUGAGCCAUUGAUUCGAGUUCUUCGUUUGGUUGAUGGUGAUGGAUCUACUGCUGGUUACUUAUAUGAAGCAAUAAUGAGGGCAAAAGUUGCAAACAAAAAAAGAUGUAAUAAUGAGGCAAGCAAGUAUGGGAGAAUUUGGGAAUUGUUUGAGAAUUGUCGGGUCAACAACAUCAUUCAUCCUAUACAUGCUGCAGUUGCCUUUCCCAAUCCAGCUUACUUUUUCUCACAAAAUUUUGGAGAGGAUGGGGAGAUGAAAGAUGGCAUCAAUUUCAUUCAUGAAAACCUGCUUCUAGUAGAAGAAAAGCAUCCAUUUAUGAGAGAGGUUCAGUUGUAUCGUAGUAGGCCAGCUACCUUAUUUACUACAACGGCAAAAACGAUUGUACAAACAAGUCAUCCUCGUAAGUGUUUUAAAAAAUUUCAAUAUCUUUUAUGUAUAUUGCUUCUCUCUUUAUAUUCAAGAAAUCUUUUUAUGUCGUUUGCAAGAAUAUGGAGGGAUUACAAUGGGGAUGAUCUUCCUGUGCUCAAGAAGUAUGCCAUUCGAAUUCUGAGUCAACCUUGUAGCACUUCAUCAUGUGAGAGAAAUUGGAGUGCCUUUGAAGCUGCUCAAACAAAAAAAGGGAAUAGGUUGUCACAUGAAAUGCUAGACACACUUGUGUAUGUGAUGAUGGAUAAAUUCACUUCCACGAUGAGUCGUGACUUGGAACCUAUAGAUCUUGAGAAAUUGGGGGAGCUUCUAGACUAUGAAUAUAAAGAAAUUCAUAUGGAUGAAGAUGCUAAUUUUACACCAACAGUUGAGGGUUCCAUGGAUGACUUAAUGAAUAAUGAUGACAUUGCUUGGUUGGACGAUGCUCUGUUUUAG